AUGGGAUUUGUACAAGAAGCAAGAGAAAAUCACGUAAAGAAGAAGGUUGAGGAAGCUUUGCGCAGUAAAAUGAAGCAGAAGGCACUGAAGGAAUGCGAUCAAUUUACAGCCAAAUAUGCGGCGUGUGCUGUAGGCAGAACUAUAUCUGUUGUUUGGCAAUGUCGCGAACAAGCCCGGGAAUUGAAUCAAUGCCUCCAUCAGUACACAAAUGAUUCUGUCUUGGAACAAAUGAAGAAAGAGUACAUGCAUCAACAGGAAGGAAAGGGAUCUUUGAGCCUUUGA